AUGUCUGCUGUCGCUGAUGUCGGUCUUAUUGGUCUCGCUGUUAUGGGUCAAAACUUGAUCCUUAACAUUGCCGACCACGGUUUCAAGGUUGCUGCUUUCAACAGAACCACCUCUAAAGUUCAACACUUCUUGGAUAACGAAGCCAAGGGUAACGACAACGUUGUCGGUGCCUUCUCUAUCGAAGAAUUCGUUGCUAAAUUGAAGAAACCAAGAAGAAUCAUCCUCCUUGUUAAGGCUGGUUCCGCCGUUGACGCCUUCAUUGACACCCUUUUGCCACACUUGGACCAAGGUGAUAUCAUCAUUGACGGUGGUAACUCUCACUUCCCAGACUCCAACAGAAGAGCCAAGGAACUCGCUGCUAAGGGUAUCAGAUUCGUCGGUUCCGGUGUUUCUGGUGGUGAAGAAGGUGCCAGAUACGGUCCAUCUCUUAUGCCAGGUGGUAACGAAGAAGCUUGGCCAUACAUCAAGGAAAUUUUCCAAUCCGUCUCCGCCAAGUCCGAUGGUGAACCAUGUUGUGACUGGGUUGGUCCAGAAGGUUCUGGUCAUUUCGUCAAGAUGGUCCACAAUGGUAUUGAAUACGGUGACAUGCAAUUGAUUGCCGAAGCUUACGACAUCAUGAAGAGAAUUGGUGGUUUCACCAGUAAGGAAAUUGGUGAAGUUUUUGCCAAAUGGAACAAGGGUGUCCUUGACUCUUUCCUUGUUGAAAUUACCAGAGACAUUUUGUUGUUUGACGAUGUCGAUGGAACUCCAUUGGUUGAAAAGAUCUUGGAUUCUGCCGGUCAAAAGGGUACCGGUAAGUGGACUGCCAUCAACGCUUUGGACCUUGGUAUGCCUGUCACCUUGAUUGGUGAAGCCGUUUUUGCCAGAUGUUUGUCUGCCGUUAAGUCUGAACGUGUUAAGGCCUCCCACAUUUUGAGCGGUCCAGAAAUUCCAAAGGAUGCCAUCAAGGACAAGCAAGCUUUUGUCGAUGACUUGGAACAAGCUCUUUACGCUUCUAAAAUCAUUUCUUAUGCUCAAGGUUUCAUGCUUAUCCGUGAAGCCGCCAAGGAAUAUGGCUGGAAGCUCAAUAACCCAGCCAUUGCCCUUAUGUGGCGUGGUGGGUGUAUCAUCCGUUCCGUUUUCCUCGGGGAAAUCACCAAGGCUUACCGUGUCAACCCAGACUUGGAAAACUUGUUGUUCGAUGACUUCUUCAAGAACGCCAUCAACAAGGCCCAAUCUGGUUGGAGAAAGACCUUGGCUCUUUCCACCACUUAUGGUAUUGCUUCUCCAGCUUUUGCUACUGCUUUGGCCUUCUACGAUGGUUACAGAUCCGCCAGAGUUCCAGCUAACUUGAUCCAAGCCCAAAGAGAUUACUUUGGUGCCCACACCUUCAAGGUUUUGCCAGAAGCUGCCAGCGAAAACUUGCCAGAAGGUAAGAACAUCCACAUCAACUGGACCGGUAAGGGUGGUAACGUCAGUGCUUCCACUUACGAUGCCUAA